AUGUACAAGACCACCAGCAGUCGGAAUUCGUUCUCCAAGCGGCUCGGUUUGUCGGCCGACCCCGUGCUAGGAGUCGCAGUUAACUGGCUGCGGAGACACAAACCGCGAAAAUCCGGUCUUCUCUACGGAAACGAAGAAAACGACAAGAAAACGGAUAACUAUUGUCAAGGAGCUCCUGCCGUGCGGUCGAUUAGCGGGAAGGGAAUGCUUUUGUCAUUGGCUUGUUGCGCUUUCUUCUCCUUGCAGUCACUUUGUGUCCGUCUCGGUCAAGUCGAUACCGUCACGUCACUUAUCGUGCGCUCCGUAAUUCAACUGACACUCUGUGGACCGUGGACUGUCCUUAACUCCAGCGGCACGACGACGGUGGACCUACCGUGGAAGCGGCCGUCCCUACUGCUUAUUGGUGUGUUCAGCAGCUUGACCGUCGCGGCGGAAUACUUCAGUUUUCGUAACCUCCCGCUCGGCGACGCGACCGUUCUACUGCUCGGUACCGCACCCGUGUUCACGGGGGUGCUCGCCAUGCUGCUCAUCAAGGAAAAAUGGCCGCUCGCUGAUAUCAUCGCUGCCGUUCUAAGCAUCGCCGGUGUCGUCUGCGUCGCUCGACCGACGUUCAUAUUCGGGUCACUAACAACAGACAUGCAGGAAACAAACGAGACAAGCGAAGCGUGGAAGGUGGACACACCAGACGACGACUCCUCUCUUCGCAUGUUCGCGAUUUUCACGGCAUUAGCAGGAGCGUUGACGACUUCGUUUGCUUUUCUCGCCGUUCGCAAGGCUGGUAACAGUGUAAGUUACAUUUCAGUGUCAAUCUACUCGUCUGUCAUUGCCGGCGUCGGCUCGGCUAUCUACUUGUGCGUGAAGAGAGAGAGUCUUGUAGUUCCGUGCUCGAAAACGCAGAGCAGGUAUCUUCUCGUUGCUAUAGGAGUGACCGGAUUCAUGGGUCAAGUGACGGGCACGAAGGCGAUACAGUUGCAGAGCGCGUCGACUGUGGCGCUCGUUCGGUAUCUCGACGUACCGUUAAGUUUCUCAUACGAGGUACUAUUUUUCAGGCACCAGCUGAGUGCGUUCAGUCUCGUAGGCGCGACGGUAAUCGUCAUCGCAGCGACUGUAGCCGGACUGUUCAAGAUGAGACAAGACAGACAACGGAGAAGACACACCAUCAGCGACGAACAGAAGAGACGUUUUGUCUAG